UGUCUGCGGUCACAUCUUGUUGCCAGAUCUUCCCUGACGCGGUGACACGGUGUUUCUGUGUUUCCAUUCACGCUCUGCGUCAUUUUCUUUCGUUAAAUCAAGUUUAUUUUUGCAGAACCCCGCACCGAGGCGCAGCUCCGGUGUUGCCGCAUUUUGUAUCCUCGCCUCGCAGCGCACUGGGAAUCGCUUUGGAUGUUUUGUAGCGGACGGUGAGAAACAACCCUGAUCCAUCUUAAGACCUCUAGGCUUUAACAUUCUGAUUUAGACUCGCUCAUAUAACCAGGUGCAUACCGGCUUUUUGUGGCGUGUCUUUCUGAUCCUUAUUCUUUUUAUUCUGCUGUAGCAAGACAAUUCCCGUCCGUGUUCAUGCCAGAUCUGCAGCGCUUUAGUUUCCCUUACCAUAGCAUGAAUCCUUUGUUGGAGGCGAAUACGCAUCUCCAACUGCAGAGUCAAGCCCCCUCUCACCCGGACUCCCCCUCAGGUCUCCUGCCCGACACCCUGCUCGGUGGACCGGACCCGGCGUCCUUUCUACUGGGGGAUCAUCCAGGGCCUGAUCAUCCGGGGCCUGACUUCACCGCACCCUCCCAUUACCUUCAUCACAACAGCCUCUACCAGCACCGCGCUGCACCGCACCCCCCUGCAGCCAUGGCUCUGAGAAACGACCUUGGCUCUAACAUCAGCGUCCUGAAGACUCUCAACCUGAGGUUCAGAUGCUUUCUGGCCAAAGUGCACGAGUUAGAGCGCAGGAAUAAGAUUUUAGAGAAGCAGCUGCAACAAGCACUGGAUGCCAACAAGGGUUGUCAGGGGGGGUGCUGUGACAGCAGGGGGCCAUCCCAGGAGGCUGGGGUGCAGACGGGGUUCGUGGGCUCCAUUCCGCUCAGGCCCGGCUCCCUCCCCUUCCACAACACCAACAACUCAGCCAGGAGGCCUACAACGCUCUUCACACCACCACUCACAACAACCCUGCCACCCGAGAGCUGCAUUUCCAGCCAGACUAAUGCCUUUUCCUGUAACCCAGCCAUCACCAUCAGCCAGGCCUCGCCCUGUGUGGAGUCCCCUGGAUCUGGCUCUAAAAGUUUUUCCAACACCAGCUCCGGCUCCACCAACCCUCCUCCACGCUUCCUGCCCGGCACCAUCUGGUCCUACAACCACACCCGCAAGGUGGGCCACUCUGCAGAGCGCCUGAGCAGCCCUGGAGUGUCCUGGGUGCAUCCUGAUGGAGUCGGGGUCCAGAUCGACACCAUCACCCCCGAGAUCAGAGCCCUGUACAAUGUGCUGGCCAAAGUCAAGAGGGAGAGAGACGAGUAUAAACGCAGAUGGGAAGAGGAAUACACUAUGAGGGUGGACAUGGAGCAGAAAAUGACAGACCUGCAAGAGGACCUGCAGGAGAGUGAAGGCUGUCAGGACGAGCUGGCUGUCAGAGUCCAGCAGCUCAAGGCAGAGCUGGUGCUCUUCAAAGGCCUCAUGAGCAAUAACCUGUCAGACUUGGACAGUAAGAUCCAGGAGAAAGCCAUGAAGGUGGACAUGGACAUCUGCCGCCGGAUCGACAUCACCGCUCGCCUCUGUGACGUGGCUCAGCAGAGGAACUGUGAAGACGUGAUCCAGAUGUACCAGGUUCCUAACAACCAAUCGUCCCUGAACUGCCGCCGCAAACAGACUCCUCUGUCCUUCAACGGCAGCGAGUGUGACGAGUCCGUCAGCACCUCGGAGAGCGAUGGCGGCUGGCGCGUCAAACACGAGGAGAACUGCGGCUCCUCGGCCAAUCAGAUCAACGAGGAGAUGCAGAGGAUGCUGAACCAACUGCGUGAGUGUGAGUUUGAGGAUGAUUGCGACAGUUUGGCGUGGGAGGAGACUGAAGAGACCCUGCUGCUGUGGGAGGACUUCCCAGGAUGCACUCUGCCUCCUGAUCCCAGCCACCCACCAGGAGAGCAGCAGGAGGACUGUCUGGAAAAGGUGAUAAAUGACACAGAAUGCCUCUUCCAGUCCCGAGAGAAGGAGUACCAGGAGACCAUCGACCAGAUUGAGCUGGAACUGGCCACAGCGAAGAGCGACAUGAACCGGCACCUGCACGAGUACAUGGAGAUGUGCUCCAUGAAGAGAGGACUGGACGUUCAGAUGGAGACCUGCAGGAGGCUCAUCACACAGAGUGGAGACAGUAGCCCUGCAGCUCCUGCCUCCGCUGAGGACGGCGAGCAGAGAGAAAGCGACAGAUCUUCGUCGUCUCCGCCCUCUUCCUCGAGCUCUGGAAGAUCCUGACACCCUGUCACAGUAACGGCAGUAAGGCAGGCUCCACCACAUCCAGCUUCAGUACCACACCGACGCAAUACACACACCCGUAACAAAGGCGACACCAUGUUUACACACGAGCCGCUUCCUUUACGCAGUCAUGCUCGAAAUCUUUCCUGCAAACGACAAGAUGUCAAUGCCGUGCGGAGAAGAGAGGUCUAGUUAUCCAGAGUUUGAUAGCGGUAGAUAAAUGUUUUAAUUGGUAAAUCUUUAAUGGAUUUUCCUGUGAGAAUACUUAGAAGAUCCUGAGUUUAUUGUAAGUAAACAGACUCAAUGCAGUGCAGAGAUGUAGGCUGCAGGAAAGCAUAGCAUGAUUUAUUCACCCCACAAAAGAUCCGGGCAUCUGAAAAUAAUCAAGCAAAAGAAAAGGUCACUAAAAAAUCCACUUCACACUUGCCUGUAAUUUACCUUCUAUCACUAAACAAAUACGUAUGAGAAGGAUAGUUUAAGUACUGCAACAAAGGCUGUCCUGGAGUGUAUUUCUGAGUGUUAUCUGUCAGUGCGAUAAUACAAUGUUAAGCUUAGGACUCUGAGGUAUAAAAAGAUGUCAUGAUUCAGCAUUUUACUGCCUUUCAGCUGCAGAUUCACAGCUUGCUUUCUAUCUGUGCAGUACCAUUUUACACCACAGGCCAAGCUAAAGUCACAAAUACAGAAUAACAGCUGUGCUCGAGAUAUGAUAAAGAAGUUAUACAUGAGCUGUGGUGCAGCAGGGUCGGGCCUCUGAAUCCUAACAUGCCACUUCCUUUCAGCCAAAAUGAGGAAGGUGUAAUCCUGGAAACAGUUUUGGUGGUCUGCUGCGAAUCACCUGAAUCCAAACUGGAUUUAAUGUGAAAAAUCCACCGUUAAUCGAGUUCUUCCUUGUGGAUGUACUUAGGAUUUUCUGGUUUAACUCAAGGUAAGCUUUGCAAUAAAACUACGAGUAAAUGUCUCAUAAUGUCACAAGAUUUUAACAACAUCGGCAGUAAGCAUUAGGCAUCAUUUUGGUCGCUAAUGCAAACCAUACUAACAUUACCACCCUUAUCUCAGAGAAAUGUUUCUUAGAUAAGACACCAACAUCCCUCUGUCAGAGUGAAAUGUAAACAAAUAUUUGGAAGUGUAGCACCUGCGAGGUAAUUCACAUAUUACAUACACCUAAAUUGCAUUGAACGUGCGUUGUAACUUGCAGAUAAAACUGUAAACGGUGCUUUUUAAGAAACCCAAAAUGUCUGGUAAUAUAGCAGAACGAUGUUGCCAGUUUCAAUGAGGGAAGCAUGCAUGAAUUUCAGAUUCAUAAACACCUUCUUUAUGCUGAUCUGGAGUCAGAUUUGGCUCUAUUUUUCUGCCCUGUGACAGUAAAAGUGCUGUGGGAUGAAAUAUGCUGAAUCAUUUUAAAAAGCUGAACACAUAGAUGGUCAUAAAAUAGAAUACGUUAGCUGUUGAGUGCCAAAAAAAAAAGGGUCGGAUGUGAAUCAACAGGAAAUAGCUGUGUAUUUAAAAAAAGGAUGAAUAAUUAUAGCUGCCGAAGCUAUUCCAACAAGGUGCUUGAUGUAUGUAAGUGAUCUAUUUUUGAGCCUGUUUGCACAUAGAAAGAGCAGAGCAAAAAUGUGUAUGAAACAAUCAGCACUAUUAAAGACAUGUAACUUAAAAAGGUUGGAAAUAUAUUUCUUCUUCGAUAUUUCCUCAUCCUGAAUAAUGAAUUUAACAAACACAUACCUCAUUUUUACUUUUUUCCAUGCACAUUUGACCAUGAUCUUUGAAUCUGACACACUGCUACAGUAAAGCAGUUUAUUAACUGGAAAUCUUCACCGCUCUGUUAUCGGACUCUGUUGUCUAACCACAGUCCUGGCUGUAACUUCCCCUGUGUGUGUCAGGUGAAAUAUUUCCUCUGCUUCUGCUGCGACUCACACUCGGACCACUUUGUUUCAAUGAUAAAGAAAGGCUACGGAAGCCCUGAAAGGCAAAAUAGGAAACAAAUUGGUGAACUAUUUUCUAAAUCUGAUCUGAAUCGUUUUCGCUCCUGUUUAUGACUUAAGAACAGCUGAAAAAUACGGGGUUUUUUUGCAGGAAAAUCCUCAAUUUUCUCGUUUUUUCGCAGGAUUAUAUUUCUUAGUUACUUUAUUUUAUCCUUGAAACCAGGACCAAGAAUAGUCUUUCUCCCGCACUGUUCGGUUUUAUUAAAUUACCUAUUUUAAUCUAAUACUUCCCACCGCAAAAGGGGGUUUUCUACUGGUGAAACAGUGUCCUACUCAAGCACGGGAAUCCGAUCUGUCUUUUACACGUUAUAUUUCACCAAGCACUCGAACAUACAUUACACAUGCUAGGUAAACAACAGCUCAGCUCCACCAGUCAAAAAACUGAUCCUACCAACCGGCAAGUUAACGCAUGCGCAGAUGGGACCACAUCCGGUCUACAUCUGCCCAUAUUUGGAAAACUUUGUGAAAACUCCACACUCACUUUACUUUGCAUUGUUCAACUUCAUUUUUUGCCAUGAUCAUUUUAAUAAUUAUUUUAAUCUGUGAGUAGUAUUUUGUUCGUGUUUGUUGUUGCAAUGCACUUUUUUUGCCACCAUAUUGCAUCAGUACUUCAAUGGGACUAAAACUGGUUAUGUUUUCUUACAGGGGAGUUUCAAAUUUCUCAGUGCACUGUAAAACACAAGCUACAUAUACUGCUGUGUUAGCAGGUUAAGCUCGUUACGCUACAUUACUGUCUUUUUUCCCCCUAAAACUCACAUGAAAGAAAACACAAUGGUUUAAGUCUUAAAAACACUACGUUAUAUUGGUUCAGUCUCGAGGCCGAAAUAAGCAUUACAACAACAAACACCCAAAACAUAUUUCCACCUGUUCAAAAGUGAUAGCAUUAAAACAUAACAAAUGAAAUUCCUUUUUAAUACAACUUUUUUUUCACCUGUUCUUGAGUAAAAAAAAAAAGAGAAUAUUUUUAAAUCAUGCUUAAAAAACGUAAAACCAAAUUUCUUUUGAAAUUUCUGCCUUUGAGGGCUUCUGUAGUGCCGUAUGACGACAGAUUUGAAUCUCAUAUAAACUGCAUGUGUGGCUGUUGGAUUAGCCGAAUGCUAAUCGUGUUGUUUCCACUACUGUUUGAAUGCAGAAGGAGGAUGUCAGAGACAAACUGAGUGAACACCAUUUCCCUUUGUAUAGUUUACCUUUCGCACACUGAGUGAGUCUCUAUGUAUGCAUGUGCCAGUGUGUAUGUUUCCGGGUGUAAUGUCUGUACAGUGAGUGUUUUUAAAAAGACUUUUACUCGGGCAAAUGUACAACAUGAAGAAGAAGAAGAAGGAGAAGAAGGAAAUGUAACAAGUCCAAUUUGAUGUUGUCUCUGUGUUUGAGACUGAGCUGUCUUUUUGACAUAAAAUCACCUAAAAAUGUGUAAAUAUUUAAAGUGAAAAGACAAUGGAGUUCUUUUUUCCCAUUGGAUCUCUUUCUUUAUGAGUGUAUGUGUUUGCCAAAUAAAGUCAAUUUAAAAAUAACUCGAGUUAUACAAAACAAAGCAGAAUUACUGAAAUGCAAAUGCUUAAGCGAAAUGACCUGUACGGUGGCUUUGAUAUUAUAAUGUGUAAUGGAAAUAUAGCUUUGAAUAUAGUCUUGUGUUCAAAGACUGCAAACGAAGAAUGUCCACAGUCACACAUCUGGAAAACAAAAUCCUACUAAAUUAAACCAAAACUAAAAUCACCUCAUUGGUCUUUUUAGUUUUCAAUGUCAUUUCUUUCACAUAUUUAAAGAUGGGAUUGAAUUUGUGUCAAAAAGCAAUCAGAUGAUACCUCUGAGAAUAGAUGAGGCGCUCCAGAUGUGUGACGAAGCAGCUUUAAACAUACAGACAGUAAUUUAGGCUAAAAGGCUUCACUGCAGAGCUACAGUAUGUAAUGUGUCGAGAGAGACUGAAAGAAUAAAAGAUGCAACUGAG